AAUCGUGAGCUGACUUUUUUUCUCAGAAUUGGACCAUGAUGCACAAUUGCGAGAAGAAUUCUAAAUUCUAAAAAGUGAAAAUAUCUAAACGAUAAGACCGUUCUUUUCUUCAUUUUCUUGAGGGGAUCUCAGAUUAUCAAGGUCCCUGGCUGUCCUGGAAGGAGUUAUGGAUGAUGAACCUAGCUGAAUGGAGAGGCUGUGAUGAAGUGUUAGGCACACUGGGAUGCGAGCAGCUAUACUGUCGGAUCAUCUGGCUGGAAUGAGAGGUCCUGUGUGACUCGUUUGAUAUAAUAUUGAGUAUGACCGUAAACAUCAAGGCACCGCAGUGCCAUGCGCCGCUCCGCAGGCUCCUGUAGACUCGGUUCCGGUGCUACUGCAAUGCUCGCCGGACCCCUCCGCUUCCGCGUGCCUCUGUGAUCCAGGCAAAGGGCGCGAGGAUGAGCACAGACCUGGAGCGCCUGUCGCUCAACUCUUCCUCGGGCAACUCCGUGGCUUCCAGCGCGCGUUCUCUGUCCGCCAACGUGAAGAAGCUUCACAACGCUCUCAACCUGCUGCUCAGCGACCCCGAGAGAGAGCAGUUCAUCCACUGCCUCAACGUGUACCACUCCAAGCGCAAUGUGUACGAUCUGGUCCAGACGCUUAAGGUUAUACUGAACGUCCCGAGCAAGCGUCAGCUCCUGCCCAUGCUGCGUCUGGUCAUUCCGCGCUCGGAUCAGCUUCUGUUCGAUCAGUACACAUCAGAGGGGCUCUACUUGAAAUCUGAUGUGCUUGCGCGCAAUGGUGACCCGGACGGCUCCCAAGAGGCUGCUAAUUCCAGUCCAACACACGGGGCUCAUUUCUCGCCUGCUUGCGCGCCUCAAGCCGCUCUGCGCGGAUCUCCUGACAGUAUCAGCACCAGCAGCGAUGGGACAGCGACUCUUAUUCCUUUACUGGGCAGCAAUUUCUUACCGGAGCCCCCUGGAGAGAUCCGACAGGUGAUCCUCAAGCGUCACAAGAGCAACGAGGGUUUGGGAUUUAGCAUCCGCGGAGGUUCCGAGCAUGGAGUUGGGAUCUAUGUGUCGCUGGUGGAACCGGGUUCACUGGCAGAAAAGGAGGGUUUGAGAAUAGGAGACCAGAUAAUGAAAGUUAACGACAAAGUGUUCGACCGGGUCACGCACGCAGAAGCAGUUAAGGUGCUGAAGGGCAGCAAAAAGCUCUCCAUGUCGGUGCGUUCUGUGGGCCGUAUCCCAGGUGGUUAUGUCACGAAUCAUGUCUACACCUGGGUGGAUCCACAGGGGCGCAGUGUGUCCCCACCCCCUGACCUGCUGGCUGAGCAUCGCAGUGCCACUCUGCGCAGGUCUAACAGUCAGGGCCGCAGUCACAUGCAACUUCUCCAAGACGGAGAUGAGAAGAAGGUAAAUUUGGUGCUGGAUGACGGCCGUUCUCUGGGUCUCAUGAUCCGCGGAGGGGCUGAAUACUCUCUGGGUAUCUACAUUACAGGUGUAGACAGAGCGUCUGCAGCAGAGUGUGGAGGACUGAAGGUGGGAGAUCAAAUCCUCGAGGUCAACGGACGGAGUUUCCUCGGCAUCCCACACGAUGAAGCCGUACGAGUGCUGAAGUCUUCACACCAUCUGAUGAUGACGGUGAAGGAUGUCGGGCGACUGCCUCAUGCCCGCACCGUAGUGGGCGAGACCAAGUGGAUCGCAAGCUCGCAGAUCACAGAGAGUUCUGCCAGCAGCAGUGUCACAGGCCUCUCUCUGGACCAGGGAGCAUCAGCAUCAGGAAAGGGUGGCUUUUAUAAAGGUGUGGCGGGAUCUCAGGUGACUCUGUCGAGUUUGGUGAACCAGAGCAGGGCUAUGCUGGAGGAACAGGCGAGGCAUCUGCUGACCGAACCAGAGAGGCAGACUAUGGGUUACUACAUCCAAGAGUACCGUGAUGGACACAUCGGUGUUGAGCAGCUCGUCAUGGCCCUCUUUGAGCUCUUCAAUACACAUGCCAAGUUCUCUCUGCUGUCCGAGGUGAGGGGACUCGUGACCCCUCAGGAUGUGGAGAGAUUUGACGGUCUGGUUCUGAAACGAGAGAUCGAAGCCCUGAAGGCAAGGCAAGGGGGUGGAGCUGGAUUUCAGGACUCCUUCUCCAUGGUCUCGUACCCUGAUACGCUGGCCUCCUCCUCAGCCAGCUUCAUGACCAACACCACUCUCAGCUCUGCACGGGAAAGACUGCUCUGGCUGAUAGAUAUGAUGGAGAACGACGGUGUGGCAGAGAACAACGGGGAACAGUCUCUCGAGCGUAGCAAUGCCCUGCCAGACAUCUCUCUGGAUGAGGUUCAUUCCACCUCUGAUUCCCCUCCUUCCUUUAAACCCCCUCCUCCCCCAGGGCUUCAGCACCGUCCCAGUCGAAAAUCCACACUUAGUAAACGUCACUCUUCCAGCUCCUCCCAAUCGGGCUUGUACUUCACCGCCCCUUCUCGUUCCCAUACCAAAGAACCCAAACACCCAAAAACUCCCAAACAUCGCACUUCUCCUCCUGACACCCUCAAGAUCAUGAGCCAGCACCCUAUCGGACCAUUCCCUCGGGUCCAGUCUCCUAAUAAGGGGAAGCCUGCUGUCAAGUCCUCGUCUCCGAAUCCUCCGCCCGCCCCUAAUGUACCUGCACCGCCUGGGCCACCUCCUCCUCCUCCACCCCCCUGCCCAGAUAAACCCGCCCCUUCGUCCCCAGCAUCCAAUCAGCAUUUUGUCAUGGUGGAGGUGCACAGGCCCAACGCAGAACCUGAUGUGAACGAGGUGCGGCCGCUGCCACAGGCACGAGGAGGGACGUUGUCCCAGCUCUCAGACAGCGGACAGACCCUCAGCGAGGACAGCGGUGUAGAUAUUGCUGAAUCUGGACGUCUAAGUAAGGAUAGCAGCCCACGUCCCGCCCGGACUAGAGCCCCACGGGAUGGGCACGGAGGAGGAGAAACAUCUGCCAAACCGCCGGGUCUGUUGGAGCCGACCUCCUCUCUAGUGAGAGUGGCAAAAAGUGCCAGCACUCUGGGCAUUGCAAUAGAAGGCGGGGCAAACACACGGCAGCCCCUCCCACGCAUUGUUACCAUACAAAGAGGUGGUUCGGCUCAUAACUGUGGACAGCUAAAGGUGGGUCAGGUAAUCCUAGAGGUGAACGGCGUGUCUCUCAGAGGAAAGGAACAUCGGGAAGCUGCACGUCUCAUAGCGGAGGCCUUUAAAACCAAAGAGAAGGACUACAUUGACUUCUUGAUCACAGAGUUCAACGUGGCUCUAUAGGACCGGACGAGUCCCAUGAAUUGAAUAAAAAGCACUGGGACACGCCUCGACAUGUCUUGCCAUGAUUAACCCCCAGAAUCCUGUAACAUUUCAUACACUUCGGCUCAUCCUCUUCUGUGAUGUUUUGAAACCAGUCACUGUUUGAAAGGCCAUCCUGUGUGGACCAACCCCAUGUUGACCUUUACAGCGGAAAAUGCCAGGAUAGAGUAAAAGUUCAGUCGGUUCUGGCCGGUUUGUUUUAGAUGAUUGGACCAUCUUUUCAGUUGGCUUAUUCCUUGAGCUUCUAAUAUAGUGAGAUUUGGUCACCUGACCACAAGAGACUCUUCAUUAGGCUUGGAUCUGCAUAUGAACGUGUCAUGGAAAUCAUCGUUGUUUUUUUUUAAAGUCAUAGCUAUUUUCUAAGAAAUAUGUGCAAAUGGAUAAAAUGUGUUUAUGUGUAAAGUUUAUGAGGUGGACAUAACUACUGAUUCUAGUAAAUAGUGACUAUAUAGAAAUUUAAACUAAAGUGCUUCUCAUUCCAGUUUGCUGUGAAGAGAACUGCUGGAACAUCUGUUAUCUGCCUUUUUUGAAAUAGUCAGCCGGUUUCAAUAUUUUAUUAUUGUUUGUGCUGUUUUGGGGUUUUUUUGUGCGUCAUGCAGUAAUUACUAAACCAUGGCAAUCAGUCAUUAGGACAGAAAUGCUGGAGUCCUCAGAGAUUGCUACUCUGUUCAAAUACCUAGUGAGCUGCCUACGUAGACAGCAUUUUAAGACAGCAGGCACUUCUGAUGUGAAGAGAAGAGCUUGUUUUGGCCAAAUUUUAAGGCAACAACACGUUCAUCACAGCUCACCAAUAAGGAUCCCUCACUGACACUGUCCCAUACCAUUCAAAAUAUGUGGCGUCAUAUUUUUUUUUAUGUUUUUCGAAGAAGUCUCACUAAGCCUGCAUUUAUUCGAUCAAAGAUACAGUAAAAACUGUAAUAUUGUGAAAUAUCAUAAUAUCAAUAUUCUUAAUUAAUAUAUUUUAACAUGUAAC